CGCCGCCGGUGGCCCCGCCAUGAGCGGGAGCGGCCGCCUCAGCCCGCCGCCUGCUGGGGGCCAGCAGCCCCUCAGCCCCUCCCGAGGCUCGCCGCUCUCCCUCGCGUCCCGCUCCAGCUCCCCGGGCUGGGAGGAGGAGGAGGAGCGGGAGGCGGCCUCCCGGAGCCCGCCGGGCCAUAGAACAGCUGAACACUCUGAAAUUGCAAGGAGGAGAGAAGUGUCACCUUUGAAAGAUAAUCUUUCACCAUGGGAAGAAUGGUUCAUUAGCAAAGAGAAAGAGCUGCGUGCCCGCUUACGAGCUAGAGCUGCAGAGGAAAUGAAUAAACAGCUUGCGAAAAUGAAGCAAAAUGAAGAAUAUGAAAGAAGAAAAAGGAUGGCUGAAGAGAAACACAAGGAAUGGGUCCAAAAGAAAAGAGAAGAGGAAAGAAGAGAAAGGAAACGAAAGCUGACCAAAGAAAUGGCAGAAAAAGCCACAAGGGAACUAGAAAAAUUGCGGUUACAAGAAAAGGCUGACAUAAAGUACAAAGAAUGGUUAAAGAAGAAGAUAGCUGAAGAUGCAGAAAAGAAGAAAAAAGAGAAAGAAAAAGAAAAAGAACGGGAGGCUGAGCUACAAGAGAAGAAAACAAGAUCAGAGAAAAUCUUUAAGGAAUGGCUGCAAAAUGCUAGAAAUAAACCACAGCCUGCUUUAAAUGGUUAUGGUUUCCCACAUGGGAAUUCUAAAGGGAGUGCUGAUAGAACUUUGUAUCCAGCUCCAGCAUAUUGUAACCCCAUUCCUUGGAAACCGGUACACGUGCCUCUCCCAAAGGAAGAGAGUGUUCUUACCACAAAGAAGAGUAAGAGACCUGUGUCUUGUCAACCACAUUCAUCUUUACCAACGGUGAUUUCCAAGCCCAAGAGUAGCCCUUGUAAUGGAUCCCUGUGCAGAAAGAAGUCAUAGUCCAGAAAAAAUGUUGUUGCAAUCUUGAACAAACUGGGCCAUAAAUGUGAAGUUCUAUGUAGUUAUGUGUCCAAAGCAGAUUGCUUUGUGCCUUUCUUUUUUUUAUUUUUCCCAUUUUUGUGAGCAGGUUUUGUGUUUACUUCUAGUUGACCAAUCAGGCUUUUAAUGUUUUUUCUAUAUUGCAUUUUAUUAAAAAAAAAAAAGGAAAAGAUAAAU